GCUGCCAUUGAAAAGUUGCAUGUACCAGAUGAGAUGGAAGAUGAGCUAUAAUCUAUCUGAAUGAACUGGAAAAAGAGAAGAUGAGGCUGUAAAUUAUCCAGCUCGAAAUAGAUCAAAACUGGUCCUCCUACUUAUGUUGAUGCCUCUGUUGGUGUUUUUACCCUUAGGAAGUCUGAAUAAGGCUGUCAGUAUAGUUGCUUAGUAUAGUGAGGUCUCAACCAUGUGUAUGUUUAUCUCUAAUUGUUCUGAAGGUCGUUAAAAUGACUGUUGAGGUACUAUAAACCUAGUCAAGGAUCCCUAAAAUGUUGAAUCCUCAGUAUAACUAAUGAGAUUAAUGUGCAUGUCUUCCCUAUCACUUGGAUCACUUAACUUAGCAUUUCUGAACUGGAAUUGGUUUGCUGAUAAAUCCCAUUACUACUCUUGUUUUUACAUCUGUGUGAUAGUCUCCUUAAGUGUUCUGAUGCAUGAAUGAUCAUUGAUAUCACUUCCAGUAGCUUGCCUCCUUGUAUUUGGAUUGUGAUCCUAAAGUAAUGGUGUAAUUCUGAUUUAUUCACAUCUCUCUACUCUGAUGAUGAUGUCCUAUUUAGAAAUUCUGUGUCUGAACCUUUAUGUCCACUGCUGCUCUCCUGUAAAUUGCUGAAGUGAACACCUUAUUUGUGUAUGUUGUGAAUGGUUAAGGGUAUUUGGAGUGGAACUUGGUUUGUGGUUAAGGUGUCCUUCCCUGACACAAGCACUGCUCGGGGUCCAUGAGACCCUUGUGAACUCUAAAGUGCCAGGGAUCCAAAGGGUAUUUUGCCCAUGAAUAAGGCCUGCCAAGUUCAUUGGAACUCAGGCCCAAACUCCAGUCUAGGACGUCUUUGUUGAAUGAAGUCUGCCGCUGCUUGUAGAUCUGCUAGGCCUGGUCCACUGGCCCAACAUCAAGAGUCCAACCUUUUCCCUUUCUCUCAUUUUAAAUAAUAGCUAAUGUUAUGUCUUUAUUAUGUGAAUAUGUCUUGUUUGAAACUAACAUUGUUAUUA